AUGGAAGAAGACGACGGAUUACUUUUAAACUUCGCUGCUCCAACAACUUCCACCGGGAAGAGUCCUAAAACAUAUGUUAAACCAACAGGAGGUAGAUGGAAAGAUCGUAGAAAGAAACAAUUGGAAUUACAAGGUAGAGGAAGAAAUCAAAAAAAACCAUCAUCUAGUGGAGUUAAUUCAAUUAAUAUUCAUGAAUCUAGAUUAAAGAGAAUAAGAGAUGGUGAAAAUGAAAGUAAAGCUGAUAAUACAGGUGAUAAGAAAAGAAGUAAGUUCACAGAAUCAAGAGGAGAAUUUGGUGGAACUAAUAAUUCAUAUGUUUCAUCAUUAUUCACUUCUAAUGAAAAAAGUACUGUUCUUGAAACCAAAACUGAAGAAAAAGAAGUUACUUAUUUACCAUCAAAUGCUCCAUUAAAAGAUGCCACGACUUUUGAAGGUCUUGGAUUAAAUGAAAAAUUAACCAAACAUUUAACGGAAAAUUUAAGAUUUAAACAUCCAACUAAAGUUCAAAGAUCAACUCUUCCAAGUCUUUUAUUUGCAAAAAGUGAUUUAUUCAUUAAAGCACAAACUGGUUCAGGUAAAACUUUAGCAUUUUUAUUACCCAUUUUCCAUAAAUUAAUGCAAGAAGAUAAACAUAAGAUUACUAGGGAUUCAGGAAUUUUCGCCAUGAUUUUAGCCCCAACCAGAGAAUUAGCCAAUCAAAUUUAUAGUGUUUUGGAAACAUUAUCAAGAUGCCAUCAUCAAAUUGUCCCUGGGAUAGUUAUUGGAGGAGAAAAGAAAAAAUCUGAAAAGGCUCGUAUAAGAAAAGGGGUUAAUAUUCUUGUAGGUACACCUGGUAGAUUAGCUGAUCAUAUUGAGAAUACUGAAUCUUUGAAUUUGAGUGAAUUAAGAUGGUUGAUUCUUGAUGAAGGUGAUAGAUUAGUUGAAUUGGGAUUCGAAGAAACUAUUACCAAGAUUACUGAUAAUAUAACUAGAUGUAGUAAGAUUAAAGAGUCAGCUAGUAAAUGGUCAGGUUUACCAACUAAAAGAGUGAAUGUAUUAUGUUCAGCUACUAUGCAACAGAAUGUGGAGAAAUUAGGUAGUAUUUUACUUGAUAAUCCUGAAAUGAUCACUGUUGAAAGUAAAAAACAAAUUGAAGGAACAGUUGAAUUUAAUGAUAAUGAUCAUGAUCUUCCUCAAACUACAGAAAUCACCAAUAUGACAGCUCCUGAUCAAUUAGUUCAAAACAUCAUUAUUGUACCACCAAAGUUAAGAUUAGUCACCCUCAAUGCAUUGUUUAAAAAGAUAGCUAAAGUUGAACAACCUCAAAGAAUUAUGGUCUUCUUAUCAUGUUCCGAUUCGGUCAAUUACCAUUUUAAUGUUUUCACUAGAAAUGGGAACAAGUUCAUAAAACAAAAAGAUGAAGAUGGGAAACUUGAAAUUAAACAAGUACCUUUAGAUUCUGAUGCUGCUGAUGAUGAUACCAAUACUACUUAUGCUACUUCACCAUCAAUGGGUAGUACAGUUGUGUCAUUCAAAUUACAUGGAUCCAUGUCACAACAAGAAAGAACUUCAACAUUAUCAGCAUUCAUCAAGAAUGAUAUUAAUGCUACUCAUCAAAUCUUAUUCUGUACUGAUGUGGCUUCAAGAGGGUUAGAUUUACCAAAUAUUUCUGAAGUUAUUGAAUAUGAUCCACCAUUCGCUAUUGAAGACCAUUUACAUAGAAUUGGUAGAUCUGCCAGAGUGGGAAAUCAAGGUUCAGCAUAUUUAUUCUUAUUACCAGGAAUUGAAGAAGGAUAUAUUGAAGACAAAUUAUCAGUGGUUCAUCCAAAGGGUAGUUUGAAAAUUGGAAGUUAUGAAAAAUUAUUGAAAGAUGGAUAUGGUGAAGAAAAAGCUGAUAAAUCCGAAAGAAAUAAAUGGGAUAUUCAUGCUACUACCUGGCAUCUUAAUAUUGAAAGAUGGUUAUUAGAAGAUUCUGGAGCUCAUGAUGAAGCAACUUUAGCUUUCACUUCUCAUAUUAGAGCUUAUGCUACACAUUUAUCAACUGAAAGGAAUUUCUUUAAUGUCAAACAAUUACAUUUAGGACAUUUAGCUAAAGCUUUUGGAUUGAGAGAAACUCCUAAGAAAUUAGGUAAAAACUUUGGAUCUUCAAAUGCCAAACCUAACAAACCAGGUGAAAAGAAACCUAAGAAAAUGGAUCCUAAGAAUAAAUUAUUACAUAUGGCAAGAUUAGCUGUUAAAUCCGCUAGUUCAGAAUUCAAUUAUUAA